AUGACCGAUCAAUCAAUAGAAACAGUAAUUUUUGAAUCAAGUAGUACUACAUUAAAUCAUGGAGUCUUUGCGCACUGUAAAAAGCUAAAAUCAAUUAAGUUAAGUAAUAAAACUACUACAAUAUUAAAUAAUUGCUUCGAUUUUACCUAUUCAUCGAAAUCAAUUGAACUUCCUCCAUCAUUAACAACUCUUGGAAGAGGUAUUUUUAGAUACUCUGGAGUCGAAAACAUAACAUUUGUAGGAAAUCCCCCGAUUGAAACUAUAAAAGAUGUAGCAUUUGUUCAUGCUACAAAAUUGCGCAACAUAAUACUUUCUGACUACAUCAAAGAGAUUCAAGCGAAUGCAUUUCAAUAUACAAACAUCACAACAUUUAGAGUUCCGAAUCAAACAAUAGUCAUAUCAGAAUAUGCAUUUAGUCAAUGUACAAGUUUAGAACGAUUUACUAUUCCUGAAAAUUGUUCAUUACAAAGUCUUGGAUUUUCGGCAUUCGAGGGUUGUAAGUCAUUGAAAGAAUUCGAAUGCACACAGAGUGAAUAUUUUUCGGUAAUCAAUGGUGUUCUCUUUGAUAAGAAUAAAACUUCAUUAGUUUGCUACCCUCCUGCUUCUGAACUCAUGUUCUUUUAUAUCCCUGAAACAGUUCACAAUAUAUCAGCUGGUGCAUUUCUUGAAUGCAGAAACCUCAUUAAUAUUCUAAUUCCAGAUUAUUCUGUGCAAACUAUUGGUCGAUAUGCAUUUGCAGAUUGUAUUUCAUUAACUCAUAUCAAUAUUCCAAUUUCAGUAACUGAAAUUGGAUCAAAUGCAUUCGCAAAUUGUUACAGUCUUAAAUGUGGAGUUGAUAUUCAGAAUCGAACUCGGUCGUAUCUCGAUAACCUUUUCGAAGUUGCAUUUCUUAAUAAAGAAGCAGUUGAAGAAUGUCAUCGAUUAACCUGCAAAAAACAAAUAAAUCCUAGUUAUUUGAAAUCAUUGAUAAUUGUAGGUAUUGUUGAUGCAAAAUAUCUAGGUCUAUUAUAA